CCAGGCAGGGUGCAAGGAGAAGACGUCAUAUUCUCUGAUCUCCUGUGCUUCCUCCCGACAGCAUGGGGGAAGCCCGGCCUGCUCCACCACGUCUUGUUCUAAUCAUUGUUGCCCUCCUGCCUGCAGCUGUCUCAGUCCACGGAAAACCGCAGUAUAUGGUGCUGGUUCCCUUCUCACUCCACACUGAGACCCCCGAGAAAAGCUGUCUUCUUCUGAGACACCUGAAUGAGACAGUGACCGUAAGCGCUUCCUUAGAGUCGAACAAGGAGAAGAGCAGCCUCUUCAAUGACCUCAUCGUUGACAAGGACUUAUUCCACUGUGUCUCCUUCACUCUCCCAAGAUCCUUAUCUUCUGAGAAUGCAGUAUCCUUCUCUGUUCAAAUAAAAGGACCAACACAUGAAUUCAGGGAAAACACCACAGUUCUGGUGAAGAACACAGGAAGUUUUGUCUUUGUCCAGACAGACAAACAAAUCUACACUCCAGGACAGUCAGUUAACUUUCGAAUUGUCUCUGUGGAUAAAACUUUUCACCCACUGCAUGAGUUGUUUCCACUGGUUUACAUUGAGGACCCUGGAAUAAACCGAAUCAUGCAAUGGCAGAAUAUCAAGUUAGAGAAUGGACUUAAACAAUUGUCCUUCAGCCUGUCAUCAGAGCCCAUUAAGGGUUCCUACAAGAUAGUGAUACUUAAACAAUCAGGAGGAAAUAUAGAGCACUCCUUCACCGUGGAGGAAUUUGUGCUUCCCAAAUUUGAAGUGCAAGUGAAGGUUCCAAAGGUAGUCACUGCCCUGGAUGAAGAAGUGAAUAUAUCAGUCUGUGGAAUGUAUACCUAUGGGAAGCCUGUUCCAGGACAUGCAACCGUGAUUAUAUGCGGAAAAUAUUCCUUUUAUCUAUUUGGCAGAAGUUUAAAUGUUCCCUGUAAGGAAAUCAGCCACCAGGUGAACAGCCAUGGAUGCAUCACACAACAAGUAAACAUCAGUGUAUUCCAAAUAAAGGAAGAAAUAUUUCAAACUAUAAAACUUCAAGUGAACGCCAAGAUUAUAGAAGAAGGCACAGAGCUGGAAUUAAAUGGAAGUGAGACAAUUGAAGUCACAAGAACUAUAACACAACUCACAUUUGUGAAAGUGGAUUCAUACUUUAGACGGGGGAUUCCAUUCUUUGGGCAGGUGCGCCUAACGGAUGGGAAAGGCGUCCCUAUUCCGAAUGAGCUCAUCUUCAUUCAAGCAUACGAAGCCAACUAUGACUGUAACGCCACCACUGAUGAGCACGGCCUGGUGCAGUUCUCCAUCAACACCACCAAUAUCACACAUCCCUCUCUCAGUGUCAGGGUCUACCACAAGGACCAGAGGCCCUAUUUUGGCUACUAUUACAUGGCAAAAGAGUAUAAAGAAGCCUAUCACACUGCUAAUCAUGUAUUUUCCUUAAGUAAGAGUUAUGUCUACCUGGAGCCUGUGGCUGGUGUCUUGCCCUGCGGGCAAAUUCAGACAAUUCAGGCACAUUAUAUUCUGAAUGGACAGGUCUUGGGGGAGCUGAAGGAGCUCAUCUUCUACUACCUGAUUAUGGCCAAAGGAAGCAUCAGCCGAACUGGAACCCAUAUUCUCCCCAUGGAGCCAGGACAAUCGAAAGGCCAUUUUUCCCUGUCAGUCCCUGUGGAGUCAGACAUCGCUCCCGUCGCUAGGCUGCUCGUCUAUGCCAUUUUACCUGAUGGGGAAGUGGUUGGGGAUUCUGCAAAAUAUGAGGUUGAAAACUGUCUGCCCAACAAGGUGAGUUUGAACUUCAACCCAGCACAAAGUCUCCCGGCCUCCCACGCCCACCUGCGAGUCACCGCUUCUCCUCAUUCCCUAUGCGCCCUCCGCGCCGUGGACCAAGGUGUGCUGCUCUUGAGACCGGAGGCCGAGCUCUCCGCAGCCAAGGUAUAUAAUCUGCUAUCUGUGAAAAAUGUCAUGGACAUUAUGCAGAGUCUCACUCAGCAGGCAGAAGACCAAAAACACUGUAUUGAACGUAAUUUUAAUGCCCCUAUUGAUGAAUUCAUGGGCUCUUCAGUAUCACACAGCAAAGAAGAAGAUGUUUACACCUUCAUGAGGAACAUGGACUUAAAGGUGUUCACCAACUUGAAGCUCAAACAUCCCAAAUUAUGUCCUGACCCUAUAUGGUUCCAUUAUCCAGUGGCCUAUCCUCAUAUGGAAAGAACUGUGAUGACUGGAAGUAUCCUCUCAGAGCCGUUUGCUGAGACUGUGAGAAACUAUUUCCCUGAAACCUGGAUCUGGGACUUGGUAGUAAUAAACUCCUCAGGUGUGGCUGAAGUAGGAGUAACGGUCCCUGAUACCAUCACUGAGUGGAAGGCAGGAGCCCUCUGCCUGUCCAAUGACACUGGACUUGGCCUCUCUCCAACUGCCUCUCUCCGAGCUUUUCAACCCUUCUUCUUGGAGGUCACAAUACCCUACUCUGUGAUCCGCGGAGAAGCCUUCACACUCAAGGCCACUGUGUUAAACUACCUUCCCAAAUGCAUUCGGGUCACUGUGCAGCUGGAAGCCUCUCCUGACUUCGUGGCUGUCCCAGUGGAGAAAGACCAAGAUUCCUCCUGCCUCUGUGCAAAUGGGAGGCAAACUGUGUCCUGGCUGGUUACUCCCAAAUCACUAGGGAAUGUGAAUUUCUCUGUGAGUGCAGAGACACUGCAGUCCUCAGAGCUCUGUGGUACUGAGGUGGCUACAGUUCCUGAAAUUGGAAGGAAAGAUACAGUUGUCAAACUUCUUUUAGUUGAGCCUGAAGGAAUCAAGAAGGAAUAUACCUUCAACUCCUUACAUUGCAUAUCAGAUGUUGGAGUAUCUGAAAAAUUGUCCCUGAAGCUCCCACCAAAGGUAGUGAAAGAAUCAGCCAGAGCCUCUUUCUCUGUUUUGGGUGACAUACUAGGUUCUGCCAUAAAAAACACACAAAACCUCCUCCAGAUGCCCUAUGGCUGUGGAGAACAGAACAUGGUCCUGUUUGCUCCUAAUAUCUAUGUACUGAAAUAUCUGAAUGAAACCCAACAACUGACUCAGGAGGUCAACGCCAAGGCCAUUGGCUAUCUCAAUGCUGGUUAUCAGAGGCAGCUGAACUACAAACACAGAGACGGCUCCUAUAGUGCCUUUGGGGACCAACAUGGCACAAAGGAAGGCAACACUUGGCUCACAGCCUUUGUUCUCAAGUCCUUCGCCCAGGCUCAAGCCUUCAUCUUCAUUGAAGCAGCCCACAUAACCCAAGCCCUUACCUGGCUCUCCGAGAAGCAGAAGAGUGAUGGCUGUUUCAGGAGCUCUGGGUCACUGCUCAACAAUGCCCUUAAGGGUGGCGUGGACGAUGAAGUGACCCUCUCUGCCUAUAUCACCAUUGCCCUCCUGGAGAUUCCUCUCCCUGUCACUCACCCUGUUGUCCACAAGGCCCUGGUCUGCCUCGAGUCAGCCUGGAAAAGAACACAGGCCGAGGCCCAAGGCAGCCAUGUCUACACAAAAGCACUGUUGGCCUAUGCUUUUGCCCUGGCCGGGGACCAAGCCAAAAGGAGAGAGAUACUGAAAUCACUUGAUGAGGAAGCAAUAAAAGAUGACAAUGCAGUGCACUGGGAGCGACCUCAGAAACCCAAGGCACCAGUGGAGCAUUUUUACGAGCCCCGGGCUCCCUCUGCUGAGGUGGAGAUGACAGCCUAUGUGCUCCUCACUUACCUCACGGCCCAGCCUGCCCUGACCUUGGAGGACCUAAACAAAGCCACGCACAUUGUGAAGUGGAUCUCAAAGCAGCAGAACUCCCAGGGGGGCUUCUCCUCCACCCAGGACACAGUGGUGGCUCUCCAUGCUUUGUCCAGAUACGGAGCAGCCACCUUUGCCAGGACUGGGAAGGCUGCACAGGUGAUCAUCCAGUCUUCAGGGACAUUUUCCACAAAAUUCCAAGUGGACAACACCAACCGCCUGUUACUACAGCAGGUCUCGUUACCAGACGUUCCUGGGGAGUACAGCGUAAUUGUGUCAGGAGAAGGAUGUGUAUAUAUCCAGACAGCUUUGAAAUACAAUGUUUUCUUGGAGAAGAAGGAAUCUGCAUUCCAUCUACAUGUAGUGACAAUACCCCAAACUUGUGACAGACCCAAAGCCCACACAAGCUUCCAGAUCUCACUGGAAGUCAGCUACACAGGGAGCCGUCCUGUCUCCAACAUGGUGAUUGUUGAUGUAAAGAUGAUAUCUGGUUUCAUUCCCCUGAAACCAACAGUGAAAAUGCUUGAACUGUCGCGCCACGUGAGGAAGACAGAAGUGAGCAACAACAAUGUUUUGAUUUACCUGGAACAGGUAACUGAUCAGAUACUGAGCUUUUCCUUCUCUGUUCUACAAGACAUCCCUGUGAGAGACCUGCAGCCUGCUAUUGUGACAGUCUAUGAUUACUAUGAGACCGAUGAAGCAGCUUUUGCUGAGUACAGUGCCCCCUGUACUGAACGGCCAGACACAGAGCAAGGAAAUGUUUGAGGCCCAUGUCUACAGACAGGGGUUUGCUGGAAUCCUCAGAACCAGGACUUUUUAAAAGGAUUGUUUUCUGUCUGCAAUACAGAUCAAAAAAAGCAUGGUAAAUAAAUAUAUAUUUCU